UCAUAUCCAUCAGCUUUGAAUCACGUUUGAUGUGAUAACUUUCAAUUAUCCAAACUCUGUAAGAAAAUCCCUGAAGUAUGACCAGUAGAAAUUCAUUUCUCUAGUUUUUCUUGUAAACUUCAACUUCCUGCUACUCCUAAAAAGACUGUGAAAAUGAAGAGAAAGGAAGAUACAGUAGGGGAAGAGCUCCAGGGAAAUGAUGAUCUACUGAGUGGAUACAGGAUGGGGAAAGUGGUAAAGCUACGCCUAUCUCACCGAGUGGUUAUGGCAGCUAUGACUCGCUGCCGGGCAUUGGAUAGCAUCCCAAAUGAAGCCAUGGUUCUGUAUUACUCUCAGCGUGCUACCCGCGGUGGCCUUCUCAUUUCUGAAGGCACCUUUAUCUCUCCCACUGCUCAUGGGUAUCCUCACUGCCCAGGAAUUUAUCUGGAGGAACAAGUGGAGGCCUGGAAGAGAGUCACUGAUGCUGUUCAUGGCAAAGGGGCAUAUAUUUUUUGUCAAUUGUGGCAUGUAGGCCGUGCCUCACACCACGCAUACCAACCAGGAGGUGCAGCACCCAUAUCUUCCACAAACAAGCAUAUACCAAGCAGAUGGAAAGUAAUAUUGCCUGACGGAUCACUAUCUAAAUAUUCAACACCCCGAGCUUUAGCUUCUUCAGAGAUCCCACAAAUAAUUGAUCACUUCCGUCAAGGAGCCAUUAAUUCUGCUCGAGCAGGUUUUGAUGGUGUUGAAAUUCACGGAGCCUAUGGAUACCUCAUUGACCAGUUCUUGAAGGAUGGGAUCAAUGACAGGACAGACGAGUAUGGAGGGUCCCUUGAGAAUCGGUGCAGGUUCCUGAUGUGGAUACUCCAUGCAGUGAUAGAAGUCAUUGGGAUAGAGAGAGUCGGAGUGAAAAUAUCCCCGACAUUGUACCACCAAGAUGCCCACGAUUCUAACCAGCUUGCCCUAGGGUUAGCAGUGGUGGAGGGACUUAACAAGCUGCAGGAAGAACAAGGGCUUAAACUCUGUUACCUGCAAAUUCAAGCAGGAACAUUUACCCGUGGGAUUACAGAGAAAGAAGCUGAGUUUCUGAGAGAACUCAGGAGAGCAUACCAUGGAACCUUCAUGGUCAGUGGAGGAUUCAACAAAGAGCUGGGGAUGAAGGCCAUAGCCGAAGGUGAUGCUGAUGUGAUUGCUUAUGCCCGGUUGUUCCUUUCGAAUCCUGAUUUGGUCCGCAGGUUUGAGAUCGGUGCACCAUUGAAUGAAUAUGAUGCUGCUACAUUCUAUACCCAUGAUCCUGUACUGGGUUACACUGAUUAUCCAUUCUUGGAUGAAAGUAGUCAAGUAAGUCAACCUUGAGAAAAAGACAACCAGCUUUUAAAUAGGGUUGAUUUGUAAUAACUAAUAAUUUAACAAAUUAAUCAUUUUGCAAGUCAAGCAAAGGUGGACAAGAAUAACGAAACAGCUUAUUUUACGGAAA